AUGGCCCAAAACACAGCAUCUAUAAUCCCAGUGAAUGUAGGUGUGGUUCUUGACCUGGACAAUGAUCGCUUGGAUGGCAAUAUUGGGUUGAGCUGCAUCAACAUGUCCCUUUCAGACUUCUAUGCCACCCAUGGCCACUACAAAACCAGACUGGUCCUCAACAUCAGGGACUCCAAGAAAGAUGUUGUUCGUGCUGCUGCUGCAGCCCUGGAUUUGAUAAAAAAUGCGGAAGUGCAAGCAAUCAUAGGGCCAACAACGUCAACGCAAGCCAAUUUUAUUAUUGACCUUGGAAACAAAACUCAGGUGCCCAUCAUAUCAUUUUCUGCAUCAAGUCCCUCUCUUACUUCAGUCAGAAAUCCCUACUUUUUCCGAGCUACACAGGAUGAUUCAACUCAAGUGAAUGCCAUAAGUGCAAUAGUUCAAGCCUUUGGAUGGAGAGAAGCAGUACCCAUCUACAUUGACAACGAAUAUGGGAAGGGAGUCAUUCCUUAUUUGACUGAUGCUUUGCAAGCAGUUGGUGCUCAAGUGCCCUACCGGAGUGUCAUUUCUCCAUCAGCCACUGAUGAUCAAAUUGUUAAGGAGCUUUAUAAGUUGAUGACAAUGCAAACUAGAGUUUUCGUCGUUCAUAUGUAUCCUGCUCUUGGCAUUCGGCUUUUUGCCAAAGCUAAAGAGAUUGGAAUGAUGAGUAAAGGCUAUGUUUGGAUCAUGACCGAUGGCCUGACAACUGACUUGUUGAGUUCACCAAAUCCUUCUGUCACUGAUACAAUGCAAGGGGUGUUAGGUGUUAAAACUUAUGUCCCAAGAACAAACGGGCUCGAAAAUUUUCGAGUCAGGUGGAAGAGAAAAUUUCAACAAGAUAAUCCACAUAUGAUUGAUGCUGACUUGAGCAUUUAUGGACUAUGGGCCUAUGAUGCUGCAAUGGCAUUGGCCUUAGCAGUUGAGAAAGCUGGAACAGCAAAUUUAGGCUUCCAAAAGGCAAAUACUACUAGCAUUUCAUCAACGGAUCUUGCACCUCUUGGCAUAUCUUUAAAUGGUCCAAACCUUCUUCAAGCUUUAUCAAACACUAGUUUCAAAGGCCUCACAGGUGAUUACCUUUUUGUUAGUGGGCAGUUACAGUCAUCAGCUUUCCAGAUAAUAAAUGCCAUAGGCAAUGGGGGAAGAGAGAUUGGAUUCUGGACACCGACAGAAGGAAUUGUCAAAACAAUAAACUCAACAAAAAAUAUGACUGCAUCCUCAGCUUCAAAUUCUGGUCUUUCAGCUGUAAUAUGGCCGGGUGAUACAACUUCUUUUCCCAAGGGUUGGGAGAUUCCAACAAGUGGAAAGAAGUUGAGGAUAGGAGUGCCUGUCAAGCAUGGUUUCCGUGAGGUUGUGACAGUGACUAAAGAUAAUAUUUCAGACACCUCAAAAGUCACCGGAUUCUGCAUAGAUGUAUUUGACGCUGUAGUAGAAGCACUACCUUAUUCUUUGCCUUAUGACUACAUCCCCUUUGCUAAGCCUGACGGCGAGCCUGCUGGAACUUACAAUGAUCUGGUCGAUCAAGUGUACUUCGAGCUGCAGCCUACAGUUACUGAUGUACAUAGGCUCAUUAAGAAUAGACAGUAUGUUGGCUACCAGAAGGGUUCUUUUGUUCAAGGAAUCUUGUUAAGUUUGGGGUUCGACAACUCCAACCUAAUGGCGUAUAAUUCUACAGAAGAAUGCUAUGAACUUUUCACUAAAGGAAGUGGAAAUGGUGGAAUUGAUGCUGCUUUCGAUGAAGUCUUCCCUAAAGGUUCUCCUCUAGUCCCUGAUAUAUCAAGGGCAAUUCUGAAUGUGACCGAGGGAGAUAAAAUGAAGCAAAUCGAGGAUAAAUGGCUUAGCAAACAAAGCAGCUGUCCAGAUUCCAGUAGCUUGGUUUCAUCUAAUAGCCUUAGUCUUGAGAGUUUCUGGGCAUUAUUUUUAAUUGCUGGAAUAGCUGCACUUGUAGCUCUCAUUAUCUUCAUAGUGAUGUUUGUUUACCGCGAAAGGAGAGUCUUGACGCCCUCUGAUUCCACAGCUUCAAUAUGGAGUAGAAUUCGACAUUUGUUUAGCAUUUUCAAUCAAAGGGACUUGACAUCACAUGCUUUCAGAAAAAGUGAACUGCAUGACAGAAGUGGGAUUGAUCUGCCAAGCAUGGGCGAGCCAAGUCCAUUGGCCAAUUCAGUGCAAACAGAAUUUCCUAGAGAUUCAUCCUCUACAGAGUAUGAUUCCAGCCCGAAUAGGGAAGAACGUCAUGAGAUUUUGUUCAUAGAAGUGUUGGUAGCCCAGAACACAACAGUAAUUCCAGUGAGUGUAGGUGUGGUUCUUGGCUUGGAAUUUUUGGAUGGAAAUAUUGGUUUGAGUUGCAUCAACAUGUCACUUUCCGAUUUCUAUGCCACCCAUGGUGACUACAAAACCAGACAGGUCCUCACCACCAGGGACUCCAAGAAGGAUGUUGUUGGUGCAGCUGCAGCAGCUACUACAACUGAUGUAAUAGACAGCCUUAGAGAAGCAGUACCCAUCUACAUCAAUGAUGAUUACGGAGAGGGAGUCAUACCUUAUUUAACUGAUGCUUUGCAAGCAGUUGAUGCUCGUGUCCCGUACCGGAGUGUCAUUUCUCCAUCAGCCACCGAUGAUCAAAUUGUUGAAGAGCUUUACAAGCUGAUGAAAAUGCAAACUAGAGUUUUCAUUGUGCACAUGUUUCCAUCUCUUGGUGCUCGGCUUUUUGCCAAAGCAAAAGAGAUAGGAAUGAUGAGUGAAGGCUAUGUUUGGAUCAUGACUGAUGGUCUAACAGCUGACUUCUUGAGUUCGCCAAAUCGUUCUGUCACUGAUACAAUCCAAGAUAUUGUUGAUACUGAUUUGAACAUUUUUGGAUUAUGGGCCUAUGAUGCAGCAACAGCAUUGGCCUUGGCAGUUGAGAAAACUGGAACUACAAAUUCUGGCUUCCAAAAGGAAAAUGUUUCUAGCAAUUCAUCAACAGAUCUUGCAACUCUUGGGGUGUCUUUAAAUGGUCCAAACCUUCUUCAAGCUUUAUCAAACACUGCUUUCAAAGGCCUUACCGGAGAUUACCUUUUUGUUAAUGGGCAGUUACAGGCAUCAGCUUUCCAGAUAAUAAAUGUGAACGGAAAUGGGGGAAGAGAGAUUGGAUUCUGGACACCAACCGAAGGAAUUGUCAAAACACUAAACACAACAAAAAAUAUGACUGCAUCCUCAACAUCGAAUUCCGGUCUUUCAGCUGUAAUAUGGCCGGGUGAUACAACUUCUGUUCCCAAGGGUUGGGAGAUUCCAACAAGUGGGAGGAAGUUGAGGAUAGUAGUGCCUGUCAAGGAUGGUUUCAGUGAGUUUGUCAAAGUGACAACAGAUCCUAUUUCUAACACUUCAAAAGCCACCGGAUACUGCAUAGAUGUUUUUGAUGCUGUAGUCAAAGCAUUGCCUUAUGCUUUGCCUUAUGAGUACAUCCCCUUUGCAAAGCCUGACGGCGAGCCUGCGGGAACUUACAAUGAUCUGAUAUAUCAAGUGUACUUGAAGAGUUUCGAGGGCCUGCCUCACAUCAAGCAGGCACUAGCUUCUGGUUUUCCUUCUCAACCACGGUUUUUGCACAGAAGUUACACUGCCAGUUUAACUAGCCUACUUACAGUCCAGCAGCUGCAGCCUGCAGUUAAUGAUGUCAAUUUUCUCAUUAAGAAGGGGGAGUUUGUAGGCUACCAGGAGGGUUCUUUUGUUCAGGGAAUCCUGCUAGGCUUAGGUUUCGACAAGUCCAAGCUCAUUGUGUAUAAUUCUAUAGAAGAAUGCGAUGACCUUCUAUCCAAAGGAAGUGGAAAUGGUGGCAUUGCUGCUGCUUUUGACGAAGUUCCAUUCAUGAAGCUCUUACUGUCAAAGUAUUGCUCUAAAUAUACCAUGAUUGAUCAUACAUUUAAAACCGACGGUUUUGGCUUUGUAAGUUCAUCAACCCUCUCCAUAUCUUUUCCUCUCUCUUGUAAGUUUCUUAAUCCUGAUACUUGCUUGCUGCUUUGUGUUGUGACUUUCCAGGCCUUCCAUAAAGGUUCUCCUCUAGUACCUGAUGUAUCAAGGGCAGUUCUAAACAGGACGGAGGGAGAUAAAAUGAACGAAAUUGAGGAUGCCUGUUUCGGAAAACAAAGCAAUUGUCCAGAUUCCAGCACCUCGGUUACAUCUAACAGCCUCAGUCUCAAGAGUUUCUGGGGCUUAUUUUUAAUUGCUGGAAUAGCAUCGCUGUUAGCUCUUAUUAUGUUCAUGGUCAUGUUUGUUUACCAGGAAAGGAAAGUGUUGAGUUCCUCUGCUUCCAAAGAUUCCGUAAUGAGUAAAGUCCGCAAUUUCUUCAGGAUCUUCAUUCAGAGGGACUUGAAUUCCCAUACUUUCAGAAAAAGUGAACUGAAUUGCAGAAGUGCCAUUAGUCAGCCUAGUAUGGCAAGCCCGUCAGCCUAUUCAGUUAGCACUUAUUUCCCUGGAGAUGGAGAUCAAUGCUCUGCCGAGUAUGGUGAUUCCAGCCUAGACAGGCAAGCAUCUCAUUUGGUAGUAAUGAAUAUUGAUCAGCUUACCAACCCAAAUCAAGAAAGGCUAGCAGGUUUAGAAAUGGACCAUGAAAAUGAUUGA